AUGUCUGACGACUCAAACUGUGACUUCAAACUAGCACCAAAGCCCGCUGGUACAAUCUCAGGAGCCGCAGCAACUAUUUCCAGAUUGACCCCUAAGACCCAAGCAAUCCGCCAAGCCCUUGCAUCAAAAAAGAACACUGAUGCCUCUGAAGCUCUCCAACACAAAUUGGGACGGACCAUUCUCGAAGGCAGCAAAAAUAAUUGCCUACCGUUGGGUGCCUCAAGCAAAGGCAAAGCACCUGCCGCCUUGGACAAUGCCCCAGUGGAGACACAUUUUCAUUCACGGAUCACGGACAAACCAACUGGGUCCUCCUUGGCCAACUGGUGUUGUGCAGACCCCCCACACCAACACACAAAACCUUUGCAGACAGAACUUCUGAUUGCGGAACUGCAAGCCAAACGCAAGGACAACCGUCUCUGUCAAGAAGAGGUUUGGCUGCAAAAUCCUUCCAUCCCAAAUGGACUCAGUAAGCUCUUGGACCCAGCUCAUCCAGCUCAGUCAGCUCAACUCAGCUCUCAGACCCAGCUCAGUCAGCUCUUGGACCCAGCUCAGUCAGCCCUCAAACCCAGCUCAGUCAGCUCUUGA